CACCAACAUUGAACAAUGAGUGUCCCGAAGACUGGCAUAAAGAGUGUUGGGUUCUCGAACGUAAUGGCGACAUACACUGCCGCACCAAACUACACAAGUUCUAUGGAUUCUUAUCGUCCUACAAAUCAGUCAGGAGCGAUUAAUACUUCAUCAGCUCCUGCACAAAGACAAGAUUCUGAAGAUUCUAACUCUCCUAGGGGUCAUGUCAGCUUUACUAAGCCAAAUCGUGACGAAGAAAAGGAAAAGCGACAGAAGUAUUUGACAGCGCGCUAUGGACAACACCAAAUGAUGCUGAUUCGUAAACGAUUAGCAGUCGAGGAUUGGUUAUAUGAACAGCUAAGGGAUCUUUACGACUGUGAGGAUGAUUCAGACGACCAUAACUGCAACCUUGAUAUGGAUGAUGUAUUAAAUUGUGACACAGAAGCUGAAAUUCGAGAAUAUGCAUCUAAAGAAUUAGUUGAAGCCAAGAAAGCACCUGAAGUUUUAAAGAAAUUUAUAGAUGCCCUUGUUGAGAAAGCAAAGACUUUGUAAUAGUUAGUGGUUGUCAUGGAAACAACCGCCAUCUUCAUCCCAUGGUCAAAUCACACGACAUGUGAGGAGUAUGUAAGCUGCUGAUUGGACAGUCGGGUUGUGUUUGUGUGGACGGAGCUGAUUGGAAAAUCAUUAUUUUCAUAUAUUUUCAUUUCAUAAUAAGUUGAUUUCUGUCAACAGCAUUUCAUACUUAUUCCACGUACAUCCGACAUUGAAUAUUUUGAAAUAUAUCAUUUGAUGUUUCAGAUGAUUUUAAAAUGAAAUGUUAUGCUGUAUGUGGUGUACUGUGAACAGGUCCUCACCAAACUCACCACAUACAACUUUAUAUAAGAUCCUCAGUGUAGUUACUUAACUAGACAAAAUUUUAUUGGUUUGUAAAUGUCAAAUUUUAUUUUUAUUUAAGAAAAAAGAAGUCACAUAUCACAGAAGAAAAGUGUUUAUAUCAUGGUAUUUUGCUGAAGUAGAAAUUUAAUUUCAUUAACGUCCGUCAAAAGUUCAGUGUAUGAAUUGAAUUCAGAGAUACAGUCUAGUUUUACAGUGUUCAAAGUUAAAUAUCAUUCACAUAGUUACAUCUCAGGGAUGACAGAAAGGCUUUUCAAUUUGUCUCCCCUUGUAACGUGUGUUGUCCUGGCAGUACUGAAUUAACAGAGACAUUAGCCUGAUGACCUCAUGUUCAAUUUCUAUGUCCCAAUGUAUGCAGUUUUUGUAUAAGAAGAAAAAUUGGUAAGAAGCUAAUGUUAUUUCGUGAGUGUACCUCAAAUACUGAUAAUGAUCUGUCAACUCAAAGUAUUUCCUGAAAUGACUUUACUCAUAUAGAAUUGAUUCAUUUAAGGAUGUAUGGCAUCUGACACAUUAUACUCACAGUGACCUCCCUUUAACAUAUUUAAUUAGUAUUGUCAAAAAAUACACAGUUCCUGCAUGUUAUCAAUACAUGUGUUCUUUAUUAAUCUGUUUAAAUGUUCAUCCAUGAUUUGAUUCACCCCUAAUAUGUAGUCUGUUUAACUACUCAUUAUGUAUAUUUUAAGGUUUAUUAAAAUGGAAUUCUUGGUAAAAGAGAUAUCUGAGAAAGGAAGUAACAUACAUCCUUAAGUGUAAUCCUUAAGUGUAAUCCUUUAUAACCCUUUCACAGAAAGAAUGUGUUGAUAUCUAAGACAGUGUAUGUGUAUAUCUAAUGGACUAUAUUCUGUCCAAUAUAGGAACUUUCAAGAAAACUCAAUUUCAAAUAAACUUGUUUUUUGCUGAUGAAGAAGCUAAUAUGAAAACAAACAAUAUUAUUCUAUGUUAAGGGUGAUUAAUAAUUUGGUUUUUUUUUUUUCUCCUUACCAUUUUAGACUUGGAGGAGUCUGACCUAGUUUUUGCAUUUUUAUGUAAUAUGUAAAACAUAAUACAGAUGAUAGGUGUUUUUAGUGUAAAAUAUUUAGUGAAAUCACUGUUGAAGAAACAGUUUUAUAUGUUGUGUUGGAGAUUAGGAAAUUGAUGAGUUUUCUGAAAUUAGUCUUACAACAACGGGUAGUAUGUGAUGGAUAGUAUUCUGGGUAUGGUUUGAUCUGAAUAGACUGUUCCACAAUAUUUUUAGCAAGAAAAUGAACCAAGUAAAGUUGAUAUAAAGCAAUAUGAUAUCUCAAUGAUAAAUUCACAAAUUUCCUGUCACCAAAAGAAGAAAUGAAAAAAAUCAACAUUUAAUGACCAAGUUAUAUUAGAUACAUUGUAUAAAAAUAGAUAUAUUUAUAUGUCCUUCAAGUCUGACUAAUAAUGUAAUCUUUAGUUAAUAUACAUUUGUAGUUAUGUUUGUAUACAAGUAUAAGUUGCUGUGUGUAAUUAAUCAGUGCUGACACUGUGCAUUCCUUUUCUGAUUCUUCUAAACUUAAUUAGCUAAAAUUUGUACUAUUUAACCUGAUGACAAGUGUGAUAAAUGCUCUCCUACCUAUUUUUCUGGGAUAGGAGAUUGGUGUGCUUUUAGUUAAGUUAGAAGUUUGCUUACCUCACUUCUGCUGAUAAAAUGUUAGGUUAUUUAAUUAUUUUAACCCGACUUGAUAUUGAAAAUUUUUCUCUGUUAAUGAUUUUAUCACAGGAAAGUGAAUCCCUUUCGUUAAGAUAUGUAAGUGCACUGUGCACUUACUAGGUUGAAUACAAUAAUUCAAAUAUAAAAAAAAGACAUGUUUGCAUUACAUAAAGAGAAAGUUGAUUGUGUAAGUUUAGCUGAUUCCUGCUAUAGUUUUACAUACAGUUCUAUGAUUUCUGCUUUGGGGUGGUGAUUGGGAAAUUAAAGAAAAAUUAUGAACUUUGCUGUUGAGGUGAUAGAUUUAAAAGACCUGGGCAUCAUAUAACUUAGUGGUGAGGUGACAAGAUUUAAAGACCUGGGCCUCUGAAGUUGUCCGUCCAAAACAUCCCUUGAUUUCAUAUUUGCAACAGUCAAUGAGAUUUCUGUAAGGACGUAGAUAUAUGCUUAUAUAUAUGCUGUAUUAUAAUUACUACUCUUGGCUUAAGUCAGCUGAAUAUCAUCUUGUACAUUUGACUGAGCAGUGCAUUUAAUCAUUAAACCCUUUUCUCUCUUUAUUUAUUUGAAGAAGAAUAUAACAUAGCAUUAUGCCAUUGUCAGAACAAGAACUGAUUAGAAAUUGUCAAAAUGAAGUUAAGGUUGAUGUAAAGGAUGAAUGGUGUCUAUCACAAGGUGUAGAAAAAAAUCAUGUUAUAACUAUUCAGGCACAAUUGCGUUUUCAUGUCUCUAGCAUAUUUCAGGGAUUUUUCAUUUGUUUGUAAAGCUAACUUAUAACUAUGGGUAGUAUGUGUUUGUGCUGGAUAAUGAUCAUCUGACAGCAUCCACUACUCGUUCUAAUGAUUUAUUAGUAUUAUGACCUGCCAUUGAAAAUUACCAUGUUUAUAUUUAGUUUUAAUAAUCUUAUAUCUUCUAGUCUGUCAACGCUGUGUCUCAUAUUGAAUAUGUUUUUAUCCAACAUGCAUGAAAUUUUCAUAUAAAACAAAAUCAAAAACAUUGCUGUGCUUGUUGUAAUGUGCAUAGACGAAAAUAAAAUUUGUAUUUUGGAUUGUGAAUUUUUUUAUCAGUAAAAAACAAAUUUUGGAAUCAUAACUUCUUAUAAAAAUAUCUACUCCUGGUGAAGGGGAGAUAACUCCAGAUUUUCAAAGGAGUAAAAAAUCUUUGCCACAUGCGUAUUUUGUGUGUGAGUAGAAAUAAGCUAGUCGACUGUGUAACUACGGUAUAACUUCAGUCUCUGUUAUAUGCUGAUCAUGUGUCAAUAUACAUGUUUUAUGAAUGUAAAAAAAUUAUAUUUAUUAAUCGAUAUGAACUGGUGAUGAUAGGUUUUAGUUUUCUAAGUGUUUCUGAUUUUAAAUAGAUAUAUAUGUAUAUUAUAUAUCCCCCAGUGUAUAUUAUUGAAUAGCUAUGCUGUUUUUGAGUAAGAACAACAUAUUUUGGUACUUUUUAAUUUAAUACUAGACUAGACUAUUUAUGAUCUUUGUUUUUGGAAUUAAUGUAUGCGUUACAUUUUUGCCAGCUACACAUUGUGAAGGUCUUCUACACAUUCGAUUCUUAACCCCUAUUGGCUAUAGCCUACUUAGGAUAGCAAUGAAGGAAUUGUCACUUGUAAUGCCAUAAGCGUAUCCAGUGGUUCAAGCUAGUAACCUUAAUGGCUGUCAAUUGUCUUACACCUGAUCUGGAGACUUUGAUCUUGUACAACAAAAAACGAAUGCCGUGUACAACGGACUUUGCAAAGCUAGUUUGGGACCAAAUAUUUUGUCUUGAUUAUAAGGCAAUUUAUGAUAGAAACGAGUAGGAUUAUUUAGUAUAUACGUUCAAUAAGUACAUUGCUUUCCUCACUGGUUUUAUGAAUAUUUUAUUUUCAGUUUAAUAACAAGAUUAUCUUAAUCUAGCAUGCAUUAAUCUUUUUACGUCUGAAAGUGAUGUGAAUAUCCUGUCCAUAAAUAUCUCUGAAGAUUUCAAUUAUUUGUUGUAAAAUCUUAUGAAAAUCUGAUGUACAGUUUAAGGGGUGAAGGGUACUAGAAUUUUUGGGACAGCUUUGAAUUGGUUUUUCUUUUUUCUUUUUUUUUUAAGGUUUUAUUUCCAUUUACAGAUCUAGUUAUUAGUUUGAUGAUAUGAUAUAGAAGAAAGGCAAUAUUUCCUUUUAGGCACAAACAACCAAAUAUCAAAAUUCCUAUGCAAAAUACUUUUAUAUCAUUACUACUCACCAAAUGAUUAGAAAUAUGAUAGAGUAUGCCAUGCAACCAGAUACCCAACCUUAGAAAUUAAUGAGUGGAGGGUGCCCAACCUUAGAAAUUAAUGAGUGGAGGGUGCCCAACCUUAGAAAUUAAUGAGUGGAGGGUGCCCAACCUUAGAAAUUAAUGAGUAGAGGGUGGCCAACCUUAGAAAUUAAUGAGUGGAGGGUGCCCAACCUUAGAAAUUAAUGAGUGGAGGGUGCCCAACCUUAGAAAUUAAUGAGUGGAGGGUGC